CGAACGGGCCUGGGAGCUGCCCAUUCUUCGCGGCCAGAGAGAACUGGUUUCCAAAAGCAGGAGCAAACCGUUUUAUUUUAUUCCCUUUUUUUUCCUGUGUAUCUUGUGCUUGGACGCCCGAUGGAUGGACUGCACGCUUUCCAGGGCCACCGGCUUCGCGCUGUGUGUUGCGCUGUGCGUUCGGGCCAUAAUGCCGCCACUCUCCUCAGUAAUCGCGAGAUCCCGCAGCAGUGCACAACCAGCGUACGGGCGCGGUACAUGUGUGUGAUCUGUUUUUAUUUUUCAUCUCUCGUUCGCGUUUACGCGCGCGCAUCCAAGCCGGUAUUUACUUCGUCAUCGUCGUCUUGGUCGUCUUGGUCGUCGUCGUCGUCGCCGUCGCCGUUGUCAACGUCAAUAUCGUCGUCGUGGUCGUUGGCAUUGCCGUUCUGCCAUGACGACGCCGGCAAGUACAUAUUAAAGGUGCUCCAUUCGAUCACGUGGGAAAACGGUUUUGGGGUUUACGCAUACGACGACAAGCGGAAGCAUAGAGCGGGAACGACGAUCGCGAAACGGACCGAAUUGUGGUUUGCUUUUAAUUGGAAACAAAUUUUCUAUCACAAAACCUGUUGGGCGAUCUUAUCACCACAAGAGGAUUGUAGGAAGAACAUGGGUUGAAGAUUAAUUUUGGACAAGAAAAAUAUUCUUGUUUUGUAAUUAUUUGAAAAAAUACUUUCUGAAGCAUUAAGAUAAUAUCAUUCUUUAUUACUAUUUAAAUUUAAAAAAAUACUACUAUCCCACUGUCUGUCAAACUAUCUGUCAAAUUGACAAAUGACAGCUCGGUGACAGUUUAGCUAAUUUGCUCUUCCCUUUCUUUUCUAUCAUUAUCAACCCAUACCCGAUUUCUUAUCAAUGUUGCUCAGUUUUUUUUCCUCUUUUUUUGGCGUCGCUUGCAUACAUUUUGUAGCCGAACGACAGCCAAAAAGGGGCAGCUAAAAGUAGGUGGAUAAUGUUCUCCAGAUAGUAUCAAAAACUACCGUCAGGCCCUUGUACCGACUAACCAGCAUCGCUUGAUCGGCGAUUCCCCCUUUUUAGCAUCAGCGCUCAGUCAACGGGUUAAGCUUGAGCUUCAAACACCGAAACGGCGCGAUUCCGGAAACCUUCCGCUCAAUAGCACGUGGGCUGAGAAUUGGGACGUUCAUUUUCCCAUUCGCCGCUUUGCUUUCCCUUCCAUUGAUCGCUUUUCUUCCCCACCUCCGAGGAGGGGGGCUUGAUUUCCCAUUACCCAUUGCCCGGUUCGUACACCUGGUCCCCGUAUCGGUCGCCGUCGUCGUCGUUGUUGUUGUUUUUAACCUGUUAAACCGCACCGUGUCACCGGAAAUAGUGAAGAGCCAUCAGCGUAACUCGUCUUUUCAAUACCAAUACCGAUAGGGCGUAACGUGGAGGCAGAUGAAAGGAAGCGUUGGGAAAAUAAAAUACACCCCCUACAUCGUUUGUAUCAAACAUACAUGUGUGUGAUUGUGUGUCUGUAUGUGAGUGGUGAAAAAAAUGCUACCUAAAAGUACAGCAAAGCAGUAAGGAAGAGUUAAGCACCAUCAAAAGUGCAUCCAAGUUGGAAAUGUGAGUCGUGUCUUUGUGUGUCUUGUGCGCUGUGUGCAGUGGGAAAAAUUGGUUUGCAAAUCGGUUUGCAUUUAGUAAAGGUAAAAGAAAGAAGAAAAUGAACAACGGUCCUUUCCUGCACUUUGUCAUUGUUGAAUUGAUGGGUUGACCGACUAAAAACGACGGGGGGAGUAAAACAAAAAACAAACAUGGAUGCUGAUGAGUUUGUUUCGUUUUCUUUUAAAUAAAAUUUCUAUCGUUGCACUAGUGCUCGUGAAUGUGUGAGUGUCGUUUAUGGUAGUGCAUUGUUUCAUUUAAUGAAAGUGAAAAAGUGAAAAAGUGAAAUUUUUACAAAUGAUCAUUUAGUGAAUAGUGCAGUGGCUGUGAGUUGGAUUAUGUUAGUUGAAUAGUAAAAUCAUCUACUUGAGAGAAGAGGAAAAAAGAUUGUUUUUGACAACUACAACAUUUUUCAAUGUUUCGUCAAGUUUCUACAUUAUAGUGAAUGACCAAAAUGAUUCAACGGAAGCUGCCACGGGCUGUUUUAACGAUAUUAACAGUGUUGCCGUUGGUGCUGCACUGCACAGCCGAGCAGCAAAAAUUUCGACUGACACCGGUGGAUCUGGUCGCUUCGGAAGGUACUGAGGCACUGUUGCGAUGCGAAAUCCACAACGCAGCCGGUUCGGUGCAGUGGACCAAGGAUGGUUUUGCGUUGGGGUUCACACAAAGCAUACCAGGUUAUCCGAGGUAUUCGGUACUCGGUGACAGUGCCCAAGGUAUCUACAACCUGCGCAUAGUGAACGUCACGCUGGAGGAUGAUGCCGAAUAUCAGUGCCAAGUUGGCCCUUACAUGCAUCACACGCUGAUCCGUGCCAAGGCAAAGCUGACCGUAAUAGCUCCACCAGCGUCAGUUCGCAUCCAGGGCUACAGCCAACAUGCAAAGGCCGAAGUACGGGAGGGCCAGGAACUGUCACUCACGUGCACCGUACCACAUGCGAGACCGGCAGCACAAAUCGUUUGGUAUCGGGCCAACGUGGAGUACAAAUCAGACACUAUCGACACAAAGACCACAGAGGCGGAAGAUCGACGGUACACCGUGACGUCCAAGCUGCACCUUCAACCGACCGCGGAAGAUGACUACAUCGACUACACGUGCCAAGCCCGACACCAAGCAAUCCCGGAAGACCGUCCGAUGCAGGCCACCGUACAGCUGUCAGUGCUCUAUCCUCCCGGACCACCAUACAUCGAAGGUUACUCACAAGGCGAUUCGGUACGAAAGGGGCAGCACGUGAAACUGGUCUGUCGUAGCCGGGGUGGUAAUCCACCCGCUCAAUUGAUCUGGUACAAGAAUGGAAACCAGGCCCGUAUGGCUUACCGUACGACUGAUCGGCUGUCGGAGAAUAUCUACUCAUUUGUAGCGGAAGCAACAGACAAUAAGGCACGUUUGCGUUGCGAAGCAAAUAAUGUAAUGGCAACGAAGAUACUUAAAGCUGAAGUUACGCUUAAUGUGCAAUUUGCACCGACACAAGUGAUAGUAUCCGGACCAUCAGAGGCACGGGUAGGAGAUAGUGUGACUCUCCAAUGUCAGACAACGGCAUCGAAUCCGGCGGCAGACAUUAAAUGGAUUGUUAAUGGUAAACAAGUUGCAAAUGCAUCGUCCAAAGUAGUACCAAGCCCGGAAGGAGGUUGGGUUACAACAUCCAACAUAACAGCAACGGUGGAAGCCAACAAACGUUCCCUGGUUGCUAUUUGCCACGGUGUUAAUAUGCAGCUGCCCGAAAACGUACAAUCCACUCACACCGUUAAUGUACUGCUUCCUCCUGGACCACCGAUUAUUUCUGGCUAUACCGAAGGAUCCAUUUUAGCCGAAGGUACAAAGCAUAAGCUCAUGUGCAUUUCUUCUGGUGGCAAUCCCUUAGCAACACUCGUGUGGUACAAGAACGAUAAGAAGAUCAAAUCCGUAAGCAAAACGACGGACCAAUCGGUUUCUGCCGAACUGUCGAUAAAAGCGAACGUAACCGACAAUCAGGCUCAGUAUCGGUGCGAAGCACACAAUUCGGCCACCGAGAUUCCACUCUUCGAGACGAAAGUUCUGACCGUGCACUUCGCCCCGGAGACGGCUAAGAUACGAAUCGAACCGACGGAACUGCGGCCCGGUAUCGAAGCGACGCUAAUAUGUGACUCCAGCUCCAGUAAUCCACCGGCAAAGUUAGCUUGGCGGCACGAGGGAACCGUACUGGAAGGUAUGAACAACUCCUCCAAAGCUGGACUGUGGGGCGGUACCGUGUCUUCGCUCGAGCUGAAGCUAAACAUCACGCAGGAUAUGGAUGGCCACGUAUACAUCUGCCAGAGUACGAACGAGAUGCUGCAGCGUAGCAUCAAUGUGGCUGUCAAUUUGGCGGUGCUGUAUGAGCCCCAGUUCUCACCGCCAGACGAAACCACUGUCAGCGGGAUCGAAGGAGAGCCGUUGGCCGUUGCCCUGGUCGCGACCGGUAAUCCCUCGUCCAUCGCCUACACCUGGACCAAGGACGGACAACGGAUAGCAUCAUCCGGUGCACCGAGAAUCGUCUCGGAAGGACCGAUCCUUAACAUUACCAAGCUGAAGCGCACGGAUGCCGGUGUGUACACGUGCGAAGCCAUCAACUCCCAAGGGUCGGCGAUGAUUAAUAUUACCCUGCAAGUCAAGUAUGCUGCGACGAUAAAAUCCAUUUCAAAACCCGUUAUCGUAAACCCGGGCGAGGAUGCAAUCCUAAACUGCACCGUUGACGGAAACCCAUUAACGCCGGAACACGUACGCUGGGAGCGCAACGGGUACGAUCUGAAGGUAAAAACGACCACGGCCUACGCCAACGCAACCGGUACGCUGGUGGUCAAGGAUGUACACCGGGAGGAUGUGGGCAAUUUCCGGUGCAUCGUCGAUAAUCAUGUUGGAGAGCCGGCGAACCGUGAUGUUCUAUUGAUCGUCAAAUUUGCACCAGAGAUAGACAAAUCGCCCGCAAUGCUUCGAGCUGCAUCCGGCCCCGGUGAUCAAGCUCGCCUACCGUGUCGGGCCCAGUCCGCUCCAGAACCCACCUUCCACUGGAUACGAUCCGGUCAGGAACUGAGUGUCAACCAAACGUCCAAAUACCAUACUAUCCAGCGUCAGCUCGAUCCCCUAACGUACGAAUCCAUCCUCUUAAUCGAGCGCAUUUCCUCCACCGACUAUGGUGAGUACGAGUGCCGUGCGAAGAACGAUCUCGGAAGUGGUGCCGGUGUGGGCCGACUGGAUGUAAAAUCGGCCCCAGAACCACCGACCACCCUUAGCGUGGUGAAUGUAACGCACGACAGCGUUACGCUCGGCUGGGAGCCCGGUUUCGAUGGUGGCCAUCGUGCCAGCUACCGGAUACGGUACCGUGAAGCAUCCUCCGAACGGUACCGGUACGAGGAUGGUCCCGCCAACGCUCGACAGCUUACCGUGUCCGGGUUGCGUAGCAACACGCUCUACCUGUUCUCGAUCAUGGCCGCCAACGUGCUCGGAGAGAGCCGUUACCUGCCGGAUCUGACCCGUGCCCAAACCAGAGGAUCGGACGCAACGAUUCCGGUGGAGCUGAGCGAAAAGGCAGCAUUGCCCAGCUUCGUGAUAUUUUGCUUCGCCUUCGCCGGACUCUGUUUGCUGAUCGUGAACGCUGGCCUCGUGGCUUGCUUCAUCGUGAGGAAGCGGGCUAAAGACUCAUCAAAUCCGAACAGUAAAUCGGCCACAAUUGAAAUGUAUGCGCCCAGUUCGUACAACGAUACAGUCACCGGUGAGACGCUGUCGAGCGUUUCGGAGAAAAGCGACGCAUAUUCAAACGAUGGUAGUCAACCAGAUUUUAUGGAUGAAACACGGAAAAGGGCAGUAUCCACGUAUCUAAUCGAUGGUGGAGAAAUGCAACCACCAAGAUAUCAGCAAGAAAGUAACUUACCUCAUUACGCUAGCAAUACUGGCACUGAAAAUGGAUAUGAUCAAUCCGGACCCACCGAAAGACUUAAAAACUCCACUAUGGAUGGUUCGUACUAUCACAUGAAUAGCGACCGCUUCUAUCCUCCGAUGGAUUAUCCAGGUGUUGAGUUUCCAACACCUCCAUUACCCGUACUAGCCUCCAUAGCACCAGCAGAAAGCUCUUCCGAAACGUUACGAAGAGUCGCUCGAACGAUGGUACCACCACCGGACGUAACGCAUCAUACACACCAUCGAACCGUUGGCCACCUGCACGACGGCAGUCUAUCUUCGACGAUUCCGCUCGGAAACCUUAGUGCCAGCAUCUCGCAAGCCGUCCAAUCGACACCGAAGCAACCGCAAGGUAUUCUGAAAGAUCCAAAGCGUAGCAAUAGUUCCGCUAGCGGAAGUCACACCUAUUCGACACUACCACACCAACACCAGCUGUACAGUGUACACAAUCCAUCACCCAUCCCAUCGGACCAGUACGUCGCUGGGCCAAGCAGUGGUUUCUUCAUGAUGGAACCACACGGUCACACUCUGAACGUUGGUUCCAGUUCCGGUGGUAGCUUACUGAUGGGAGCUUACGAUCCGCCAGCUAGCUCCAGUUUGGCGUCAUACAAUGUGUCCGUUGGAUAUACCGACUCAGACGGGCAUCUUGUUUAGUGCGGCUAGUUUUCGUCGCUAGUCGUAUAAUUAAAAUGGCGGUGUGUAACAACAUAAUUAGGUUGGUGACGCUAAAAAGAAGCAAACGCAAUCGAUUUGUAAUUGAAAAGAAAACAAAAUAUUAAAAUUACUUUCCGUUUUACGCGUAAAAGAUGGAUACAAGAUUGACAAACAAAAAAGUUGGUUAAGGUUUUUGUUUCUCUUGUGUACCAAGUGAAAUUGAGAUCGGUCAAAUAUAAUGUGGAAAAACAAUUGCAUGCAAUUAUUUACAAACUGAUUUGUUCAAAUUUAAUCCCUAAAAAGAAACCAUGUAAACUACCAAAGUAAAACGCAAUUUUAAAAAAACCAUUCAAAUGAACAUCUAUUGGGUCAACAUUGUCAAUUAUAAGCGAUAGGCAAUUAAUAGAUACAGUUUAAAUUUCUUCAUAGGUAUAACCUCUGUUCCAGUAUACAAAAAAAAACAAUUCCUUUUGAAUGUUAUUGGAAACAAUUGACAAUAAAUCAAAAUUGUUUGUUAAACCCCAUUCAAUACAAGGGUUUCUUUUACCAUUUAAUCAUUUGAUUGUUGAAGAGUUUUCUUACUAAAAUUAAAACCCCUUUCAAAUUACCUCAUAUACGUUAUUAUUGUACUAUUAAGUAAAGGUUUGAUGCAAUUUAAUUUGUUUUAAUUUGAUCUGCGUUACCCUGUUCUUGUAAAUAUAAAAUAUCAAAGGAUACAUUUUAGUAGCAUUUUUAAAGAAAUUAUAGGCCAAAGAUAUAAAUAUUGCCGCCGGAGAAGUUAACAUGUCAAUAAGCAAGAACCAAUUUUACAGGAGUUAAUGGUUAAUUUUAAAAUUCAAAUGUUUUGCAAUAAUUUUUAAAACUAUACAGUAAUGUACUACAGUUUCGCGAGAUUCUUCAUCUCUUUACAUAUAUGUUUUACAUCAUGAGAGAAAAUGGUCUUAUUUUUUGCAAAACUGAUCAUCAAACUGUCAAAACGUUUGUAGAAUUAUUAACACAGACGCUUUCUACACUUACUUUACAACUCCUUCUAUGACAAAUAUAAUAUACUUACAGUCUAUAAUAGUAAAGGAUAUCUCUUUUGUGGUUUAUAUACACUCUUUCAUACCUCUAGAAGGAUCUCAUUAUUGCAGCGUCAAACAAACAUUGGAUGUGCAUUACAUUUUAUUACUUUUAAAUCGUGCAAUACAUACGAUCAAGCGCAUAUGGGCCGUCUAACAGCAUAUGUACAUCGAAAUGGUAGAUAGCAGAAAAGUAGCAUAAACAAAUGUUUUAAUACACAUUUCUUAUAGAUAGUCUCUUUAGAAAUACAUAACAAAGCUUACAGAGAUGAAGUAAUGCUAAAGUGUAAAAAAAACUUAACGACGAUGACGACAGAUUUGAUCUUCAAUCGUAUGAUGUAUGAGUUUUGAGAAGAAAUAAAGUAAAUCUGUGCAUUAUCUG